GACAUCGUUUUCUCCAGCGAGCGGCUGCUUUAAAACCACCUCGGAAUUGGCGACGAGGGGACUGCAGGAACUUUUUCCCGUCUUCAUCUGUGUGGCCGGACCCCCCGCAGCUUUCGGGAUCUUCCCUCUGUAACACGAAAUCCCCCCCCCGGUUCUUCCAUCCGUACAAUGACCGAGACGGAAACCAGGAGCCGCCGCGCCGACAAGCAGCAGCAGCGGAACGGCGACGCGGCGACGGAACAGGCGGCAUCGUCGACGACGACGGCGGCGGCGGCGGACGAUGUGUUCGACGACACCUACAGGGAGAAAGAGGGUCCCAAGCCGCCGACGACGCUGGUGUGGAGGAACAUCGUCCUGAUGUCCCUGCUGCACGCCGGCGCGCUCUACGGACUGGUCGUCCUCCCCCGCGCGUCGGGCUUCACCCUCGCCUGGACCGUCGUGUGCUACCUCAUCAGUGCUCUCGGUGUGACUGCUGGUGCGCACAGAUUAUGGAGCCACAGAUCCUACAAGGCUUCUUUCCCCCUGCGAGUCUUCCUCGCUCUCGCCAACUCAAUGGCCUUUCAGAAUGACGUGUACGAGUGGGCGAGGGACCACCGUGUCCAUCACAAGUACUCCGAGACAGACGCGGACCCCCACAACGCCGUGCGGGGGUUCUUCUUCGCCCACAUCGGUUGGCUGCUGGUCCGCAAGCAUCCCGACGUCAUUGAGAAGGGACGGAAGCUGGAGAUGUUGGACCUGAAGGCAGACGAAGUGGUGAUGUUUCAGAGACGGCACUACAAGAUGUCAGUGGUGAUCUUUUGCUUCGUCGUGCCCACCCUGGUGCCCUGGUACUUCUGGGGCGAGUCCUUCGUUGUGGGAUACUUUGUCCCCGGCCUCCUGAGAUACGCUCUGGUGCUCAACGCCACUUGGCUGGUCAACAGCGCUGCACAUAUAUGGGGCAACAGGCCUUACGACAAGACCAUUAACCCGAGGGAAAACAGACUCGUCGCUGUCAGCGCCAUGGGGGAAGGCUUCCACAACUACCAUCACACGUUCCCCUUCGACUACGCCACGAGUGAGUUUGGCUGCAGACUCAACCUCACCACUGCCUUCAUCAACCUCAUGUGCUCCCUGGGUUUGGCCAAGGACUGCAAGAGCGUGUCAAAGGAAAUGAUCGCUGCGCGCGUUCAGCGGACGGGCGACGGCAGCCACAAGAGUGGCUGAGUCACAUUUGGCAACGAACUCUGCGGCCGAUACCGACACAUCGAACCAAGACAGAGCGUAGCAACAGGUAUAGCAGCAUUUCAGUGGUGGGGUGGUGAUUACCAUGCUUCUGAUUUUUAAGUUAAACCUCCUUCUGAGAUUAAUACUGGCUUUAAAGAGCUAUAGACCUUUUCAUGAAUUGUGUGGGUCUCUUAUACGUUUUGAAGUGUCCUCACCGACUAUUAGCCACGGCCAGCGACUUUUUCACCCUAAUAUCAAACAGGCACAGAGACAAUGAAAAAGGCUAACUGAAGGAUUGGAAUCUCCUUUCUUUGGCAACAGUGAGACAGUGUGUGUGAGUGAUGGGUAAAAGCCGAAAAUUACAGAAAAUAAUUUGCUGUAUCACUUAUUUAUUAAUGUGCUAUUUAUUAACGGUCUUUGGCACUUUGAAAGCUUUACUAAAACCUUUAACAAGUGUGUUGGUUUCUACAAGCAAGACCGUUGGCCUUUUACUCUAACUUCUGUCAGUAGUGCUUUGUUUCAUUCCAAAGGGCGUGAACUUAAAUCGUGGUAUUUGUCUAUUUUAAGCUAAGGUAUUCAUUAGUUUUGGUAAGCUCGUCUCACCAAACAGAAGCUGCUGUGUUCAAGGCCAAAAUUUCAAGGCCCCCAUUUAUCAUAUGAGAGUGACCCUGGCCGAAUACAGGGAUGCGUUCACACCCACUUUCUGCAUCUGUCCACGGGGCUCUUCAUGAGGAUUGAUGAGAAGUGCUCUGGCGUAACGCCGCGUAAACCUACGGCUGGGCGGCGAGGCUGCCUCACACUUCAUCAUUAAUCCUCUUCAUUUCGACGCCUCCGAAACUGAAACCCAGAACCAGAUCUUCUCCUUCUCAAUCCGAAAAAAACGAGAGAAUUCCUCGCACUUAUAUUGUAUUCAUUUUGAAAUACACUCGGUCAGAAGGAUUUCCCCCCUCCCUCGGAUAAGGCCGUCGAGGCACGCGGAAGAGGUGCAUUAACCUUUUUCGAGCUCUGUGAAGUUGUUGAAACAUAUGCCAGGACUGUUGUCCGAAUGCCUUAUGAGGGUUGCGCACCUUUUUAAAAAAAUUAAAAGUGGAAGUUAUGGAAAUAAAUUAGGGGUUCAAUUUUCUGUCUAAUCACAACUGUGGGGUAUGUGUUUUAAGUAAAACUUGAAAACCUGCUGUCCCUUAGUUUAUAAAGAAAAAGAGGGACCAUUCAACAAAACAAUGCUUUUUUGACCAUGAUUAACUUUUGUGUAUCCAAACAAAUACUUCGCUCUAUAACGAGGUCCAAACUUGUUAUAAUAUCAUGAAUGAUACUGUUGUAAUAUUUGUCACACUUCCUCUUUCAAAGAGCAACCUUUUUUUUUUCUUUUCUUACAGUGUUAACUUCUUGAACUUUAAAUGCCUUAGAACGGCACCGUUUUUCAAAGAAUGUUCUUGCCCACAGUAUGUUCCAUAAAUAAACCAAAUUUUCUACUUGUGAAAUAUAUGUUUCGCUGGUUUUGUUGGAAUUCUGUAAUAUUCCUUAUUCGUAUAUACUGAAUAAAAAAAAUGUGAUCAUA